UCAGACCCUCCAGGCGACCUGCCACUCAGAAGUGGUGAAGGACCCUUCCUGGUCUCAGGCUUCCGGGUUGACUUUGAAGAGGAGCCUGCGUCAGCGGUUUUGGUGCUGGGCUGAAAUUGCUGCUGCAGGGAGCUGAGCGGACAGCAUUCCCGAGCUGGGAAACCACAACAUGCCAAUCAGACCCUCCAGGCGACCUGCCACUCAGAAGUGGUGAAGGACCCUUCCUGGUCUCAGGCUUCCGGGUUGACUUUGAAGAGGAGCCUGCGUCAGCGGUUUUGGUGCUGGGCUGAAAUUGCUGCUGCAGGGAGCUGAGCGGACAGCAUUCCCGAGCUGGGAAACCACAACAUGCCAAUCAGACCCUCCAGGCGACCUGCCACUCAGAAGUGGUGAAGGACCCUUCCUGGUCUCAGGCUUCCGGGUUGACUUUGAAGAGGAGCCUGCGUCAGCGGUUUUGGUGCUGGGCUGAAAUUGCUGCUGCAGGGAGCUGAGCGGACAGCAUUCCCGAGCUGGGAAACCACAACAUGCCAAUCAGACCCUCCAGGCGACCUGCCACUCAGAAGUGGUGAAGGACCCUUCCUGGUCUCAGGCUUCCGGGUUGACUUUGAAGAGGAGCCUGCGUCAGCGGUUUUGGUGCUGGGCUGAAAUUGCUGCUGCAGGGAGCUGAGCGGACAGCAUUCCCGAGCUGGGAAACCACAACAUGCCAAUCAGACCCUCCAGGCGACCUGCCACUCAGAAGUGGUGAAGGACCCUUCCUGGUCUCAGGCUUCCGGGUUGACUUUGAAGAGGAGCCUGCGUCAGCGGUUUUGGUGCUGGGCUGAAAUUGCUGCUGCAGGGAGCUGAGCGGACAGCAUUCCCGAGCUGGGAAACCACAACAUGACUGCAGUGACCUAUGAUGAUGUGCACAUCAACUUCACUCGGGAAGAGUGGGCUUUGCUGGAUCCUUCCCAGAAGGAGCUCUACGAGGAUGUGAUGCUGGAGACCUACAGGAACCUCAGGAGUAUAGGUUACAGUUGGGAAGAUCAUAACAUUGAAGAAAAUUAUCAAAUUUCUAGAAGACAAAAGAGGAACUAUAGAAACCAAACUGGAGAGAAACCUGAAUACACUCAAUGUGCUGAAGCCUUUGCAUAUGGCUAUCAUCUUCAAAAACAUGAAAAACCACAUACUAGAGAGAAACCCUAUAAAUGUAAUCAGUGUGGUAAAGCCUUUGCAUUUCGUAGUAAUCUUCAAAACCACGAAAGAACACAUACUGGAGAGAAACUGUAUGAAUGUAAUCUGUGUGGUAAAGCCUUUGCAUUUCCUAGUAAUCUUCAAAACCACAAAAGAACACAUACUGGAGAGAAACCCUAUAAAUGUAAUCAGUGUGGUAAAGCCUUUGCAUUUCGUAGCAAUCUUCAAAACCACGAAAGAACCCAUACUGGAGAGAAACUGUAUGACUGUAAUCUGUGUGGUAAAGCCUUUGCAACUAAAUGUGAUCUUCAAAGUCAUAAAAGAACACAUCCUGGAAAGAAACCCUAUGAAUGUAAUCAGUGUGGUAAAGCCUUUGCACGUUGCAAUUCUCUUAAAAUUCAUGAAAGAACACAUACUGGAGAAAAACCCUAUACAUGUAAUCAGUGUGGUAAAGCCUUUGCACAUCACAAUUCUCUUAAAAGUCAUAAAAGAACACAUACUGGAGAAAAACCCUAUACAUGUAAUCUGUGUGGUAAAGCAUUUGAAGUUCAACAUACACUUAAAAUCCAUAAUGAAAUACAUACUAAAGAAAAACCCUAUGACUGUAGUCUGUGUGGUAAAAGGUUUCAUUAUCACAGUCGUCUUCGAACGCAUGAAAGAACCCAUACUGGGGAGAAACCCCAUGAAUGUAAUCUGUGUGGUAAAGCCUUUACACGCCUUAGUCAUCUUCAGAGUCAUAAAAGAACACAUACUGGAGAGAAACCCUAUGAAUGUAAUCAGUGUGGUAAAGCCCUUUCUUGUCAAAGCUCUCUUCGAAGGCAUAAAAGAAUACAUACUGGAGAGAAACCCUAUGAAUGUAAUCUGUGUGGUAAAGCUUUUAGACAUCCUUCUUUUCUUCGACGUCAUGAAAGAACACAUACUGGAGAGAAACACUAUGAAUGUGAUCAGUGUGGUAGACCCUUUGCAUAUAAAUUUAAUCUUAAAAUUCAUAAGAGAAUACAUACUGGAGAGAAACCCCAUGAAUGUAAUCUCUGUGGUAAAGCUUUUUCACUUCCAUAUAGGCUUAAAGUCCAUAAAAGAACACAUAUUGGAAAAACACCCUAUGAGUGUAGUCUGUGUGGUAAAAUGUUUCAUUAUCACAGGCAUCUUCAAAUGCAUGAAGGAACACAUAUUGGAAAGAAACCCUAUGAAUGUAAUCUAUGUGGUAAACCUUUUGGACGUCUUAGUCAUCUUCAGCGUCAUGAAAGAACACAUACUGGAGAGAAACCCUAUAAAUUUAAUCAGUGAGGUAAAGCCUUUUCUUGUCAAAGCUCUCUUCUAAAGCAUAAAAGAACACAUAACUGGAGAGAAACCUUAUGAGGAAAGAAGUGUGGUAAAGCCUUUGCAUGUCAUAGUUCUCUUCAAGAUCAGGAGGGAACACAUACUGGAGAGAAAUCCCAUGAAUGUAAUCCAUGUGGUAAAGUCUUUGCAUGUCAAAGUGUUCUUGGAAUGCAUUAAAAAACACACACACACACACACAUAGUGGAGCCAAAGCCUAUGAAUGUAAUGUGUGUCUUACAGUCUUUGCAAAUAACAGUCAUCUUCAAUGGCAUAAAAGAACAAAUACUGGAGAGAAACCCUCGGAAUGUUAUCAGUGUGGUAAAGCCUUUACACGCUUCUUCAAAUGCAUAAAAGGACUCAUACUUGAGUGAAACUGAAUGCAGUCAGUGUGGUGAAGCCUUUACUGAUCACAGUUAUAUUCAAAGGCAUAAACGAACUCAGUCUGGAGGAAAAACUUUCUAAUCAAUGUGGUUAAUCCUUUGUAUCAUAAUAGUCAUCUUCAAUUGCGUAAAAGAACACAUACUUGAGAGAAAUCUUAUGCAGUCUUCAAAAUCAUGAGAAAAAGUCAUCCAAUUUUGAAACUCCAUAAAUGUCCUCAGUUUUAAAAAGUUUUUCAGCCAUAAAAUUUUUGUGUACAUUCAAUUUGAUAUCGACUUUGCAUAUUAAAAUUGUCAUUGUUACCUAGAAAGGAUACUGAUGUCUAUUUAUUGUAAAGUAUUUGGUAAGAUCUUUAGCCAAUAUUCUUACUGUGCUAAUAUUUUGUUUGUGCUUUAACAUGUAAAACUUACCUGAAGGUCAGAGUGCUGUGAUAGGCUAUAGUUAGCCAGAGAGUGCAGGCAGUGGUGACACGCAUCUUUAAUUCCAGCAGUCAAGAGGCAGGGGCAGGUGGUUCUCUGUGAUUUCUAGGCCACCUUGGAUACACUAGAUUGACCGCUCUAAAAGAGAAACAACAAGGCAGUUGUGGCUCACAUAUUUAAUAUUGGAAUUUGUAAACCAUGUGCCAUUAAUUCUAGCACUUGGGAGGUGGAAACAGGAUGGUAUAUGGCUUGGCAGAGAGAAGAACAUAAGGCAGGAGGAGAAAGGAGAUCAGCCCAUUAAGACUGAGGAUUUGUAGAGACAGGGUCUUCCCCACUUUGUUCUGAGGAUUUGGUAAAGGUAAAUAAUUUCUCUGUGGCUUGCCCCCUUUUUUAAAUAUUUAUUUAGUAUGUAUACAAUAUAUCUGUAUGCCUGCAGGCCAGAAGAAGGCAUUAUAGAUGGUUGUGAGCUACCAUGUGGUUGCUGGGAAUUGAACUCAGGACCUUUGGAAGAGCAGGCAAUGCUCUUAACCUCUGAGCCAUCUCUCCAGCCCCUGUGGCUUGCCCCUUUAUUUCUGUGAUCUUUCAGCAUUUACCCUGAUAUCUGAGUCCAGGUUUAUAUUACUAAGACUAGAAAUUGUGCUACAACUUACAAGCAGUCAAGCAACAGUAAUUUUUCUCUAGAAAUAAAUUGACAGUGUCAACAAUCUCUUCAAGGAUUAUGAUGUCCGUUUUUGUAUUGUGUGCACUGUGAAACACAUAGGAAAAAUGAAUUCAUGAAUUUUUGAUACCUUAUGUGUAGGCUAAAAGGUUAGCCAUGGGAAUACAUUCUGACCUUGAAACCAGGGCCAAGCAAACUUGCUUUGCCCCUGAAUCCAGAGCCAGUAAAAGAAUCACACUCUACCUUUGACCAACUGAACACAAAGUCACUCCGUAUGCUUGAAACCAACCAAUCCCUGAUCAUGAAAUCUAGCCAAUCUCUUUUUUUAAUUGAGCAAUUUAUGUCUGACCGAUUCCCACCCUGAAAAUCUUAUCCAUGGAAAAUCUCUGCCAUAAGCAACUCUAUAUCAGCCCUCUGGUUGUUGAGUUAGCAGCUGCCCUUUUCUACACUUGGAGAGGCAGUCACUCUCCUGGAUUCCUCCCUCUCAAAUAAAUCUCUUGAGUGAGUUUUGAGUAAAGACCUGUCUCUGGAGUUUAUUCUUCCAAAAGAGAGUCCCUGACUGAUGGGUUGACCUCAUGACAAAAAUGGCUGAGUAAUUGCUGUAUAAUGUUGUGGUUUAUAGCACUACCUUGAUGUGGGAGUGGUUUCUUUCUAAUCUGUUGCUUUUAUUGGUUAAUUAAUAAACUGCUUGGCCCUGAUAGGACAGAAAAUUAGGUAGGCGGAGUAGACAGAACAGAAGGCUGGGAGAAAGAAGCUGAGUCAAGGAGUCGCCAUAAUUCUCCCACUCCAGGCAGACACAGGUUAAGAUCUUUCCUGGUAAGCCAGCUUGUGGGCUACACAGAUUAUUAAAAAUGGGUUAGAUCAAUAUGUAAGAGCUAGCGAAUAAGAGGCUGGAACUAAUGAGCCAAGCAGUGUGUAAAAGAAUACAGUUUCUGUGUAAUUAUUUUGGGUAAAGCUUGCCGGGUGGCGGGACGCAGCCCGCUGCUCCUACUACACUACCUUAUCUUAUCAUAUCUAUAUCCUACCUUUUGCUUUUCAAAGUAGAUUCAAUCUACCCUUUUAUGCCAUUGUAUCUUAUCCUACUUUUUCUUUUUAAAACAAGAACCCUCAAUCUAAUCAACUUUAUUUAACUCUUCUUCUGAUUGUAACCAAUAACAACUUAUAACUAACCGUCCCCCCCAAAAUGAUAAUUAUCCAUAACUCAUUAUAAGUGGAGGUUGUUCUUUUGUUUCUAUUCCUAGCUUCUCAGACUCAAAUAAUCAUACAGAACCUAUAUUAAUUACAGCACUCCUUGGCCCAGUGGCUCAGGCUUACAUUUUAAAUUAACCCAUUUUUAUUCUGAGGCAGUGGCUUACUGGGUAAGGUUCUGGCAUAGGGGUCCAUCGGUAGUUACAUGGUAUCUCCCUGACUCCACCUACUCUCUCUCUAUCUCUGUUCAGAUUUGUUUGCUUCUCUCAGUCCAACGUGGUGGAGGCAUCUUCACCACCUGCGAGCCAUGCUUCCUCAACUCCAAGGACACAGCAGGUCUGUGUUGCCAAUAAGCAACUUGUACCACACUGGUCACAAAUCUAAUUUAUUCCAUUUAAGUGCAAGACCUCCCCAAAGACCCAGAGUUCAUUCUUGCUACCAGAAUGAACCAGGAAGUCAUUAACAGAGCUGUGCAGUUUUUGUUGCUAUUGCUGAGUCAGGAAGCUUUCUCUUAAAGAAAUCAUGCUACUGCUUGCUUCUAGCAAACAGAGCCCCAAGAAAUGCUGCUACCAUGAAGCUGUGCUUAACCCUGUUUAUGUGUGUGUGUGUGUCUAGAAUUCCUUCCAAAGGUUUUAUGUGGAUCUAGUUGUCCUAUGUUAGCAUGCCAUUUUGUGUGCAGAGACUGUGCUUUUGUUUCCCAGCUGCUCAGAUCCAAAUAAUCACACAGAAAUGAAAUUAGAAUACUACAUGACUUAUUAGCUUAGGCUUCUUAUUAAGUAACUCUUACAUAUUAAAUUAAUUAUUCUGUGUAUCACCACGAAACUGUGGCCUACUGGGUAAGGUUCUGAUAUCAGGCUCCUUUGGUAUCUACAUGGUGUCUCCCCGACUCUGCCUAGUUUCUGUAUAUCUGUUUGAAUUUUCCACCUGGCUUUUCUCUGCUAAGCCAUUGGCCAAAAUAGCUUUAUUCAUCAAGCAAUAAAAGAAACACAUAUACAGAAGGACAUCCCACAUCAACCCAUUGAAUGACCAAGAAAACACCCACCCUACCUUUUGAGAAUGAGUUUCAUAUUUUAAAUUUAUUUUCUGCUGUCUGGGGGCAAUGGCAUCUUUGGGGGAUUUUGAGAAGGAAAAUUUGGGUUAAUUGUCAAUUCCUGGGAGAAGUAGCUUUAUCAUUUGCUUUCUAGUCUCUCUGUAAUGGGAAAGUGCAAGGAUUGUCCCAAGUCCUAGCAAGAGUAGUUUAUAGGGCUGGAUCAUCUCAGCUAGCACCUUGAAAUUCUCCGGAGCAAUUUGUAUUCCAAAGCCAAGCUUUAGGUGGUGUUUUCAGCAUGGGGGUGUUAUAGUCCUGGUGGAAUUAUCAUUGUAGGAGUCCAUCCUCCUUUUGAAGACUCUAAAGGUGGCUGUUAGGUGUGGUCAUGGUUCACUGUAGAAAACUGAUAUAAACGCAAAGCUGAAAUCAUGUAUAAGAAGGUAGAUGAAAGCUUUUUCUAGAAUGAGUACUCUAAGUGACCAUUAAUAUCAUGACAAGUUUAAUAUGUAUAUAUUAAUCUUAUAAAAUGUAUACCUUAAGAAAAACCAUUGAAGAGUCAAUAUAAAGCCAAAAGAUUAGGAUAUUUCUUGCAAUAAUAUAGUCCUUAAAUGUUUGUUUUUCUGUCCCAUAUCCGGUGACUCUUCUAGCAUGCCAUAGAGAUUUUGGAUUUUACUUUAAUGAGCAUGCUUGUGGUUAGAGAAGGAAAGAGCCACACUCCAGAUCCAAAGCCAGGUUUAGUUUUUAAUUGCAUUGGAACUCCAGAAAGAUCAUUUGCACUAUGUUUCUGCAAAUAAUAGCAGAAACAAACACCUCGGAAGAUUUAUGAAAUUUUAUCCUGUUGGAAAUGUGGUAUACCAAUAGGCCAAUUUUCUUUCUCUCUCUCUCUCUCUCUCUCUCUCUCUCUCUCUCUCUCUCUCUCUCUCUCUGCUUUUUUUUUUUUUUUUUUUUUUGAUUUGUACUUUUUUCUUCAGAUGUCUCAUUUGUUCUCCUGAAAAGAGAAAAAACAAAAUUGUUCCUCAACCCUAAUUUUGGGGAGGUUUUCUUUUGGCAAUUUAUUCCUUUUCUUUUUUCUUUUGAGACAGCUUUUCUCUGUGUAGCUUUAAUGCUUGUCCUGAAACUAACUCUUAUAGGCCAGGCUGGCCUUGAACUCACAGAGAUCCGCCUGCCUCUGCCUCCUGAGUGCUAGGAUUAAAGGUGUGUGCCACCACCACCCAGUAUUAGCAAGUUAUUUCUGAUCAAAUGAAAAACAUUUAUCAGGAAGCUGGAGAGAUGGCUCAGUGGUUUAGAGUACUGACUGCUUCUUCCAGAGGACCCUGGUUCAAUUCCCAGCACCUACAUGGCAGCUCACAACUGUGUAACUCCAGUUUCAGGGAGUCUGACACCUUAAUACCAACACACAUAAAAUAAAGUUAAAUAAAUUAUUUUAAAAAAAAUUUAUCAGUUUUUUAGGUUAGGUUAGAUUAAAUGGUCAUGCUGCUUGAUGAACUAUCAUCUCUUCUAAUUAAGAGGUGCCUUUUGCUCAAAUUGAAUCUUUUAUCAAUUUUGAUGCCAUCCAUAGCUUUUCAUCUUCUAUGGAAACAAAAGCAAAAUCCCUUCCCCAAUAUUACACAUGUCCUGGGACAAGUACUAUAAAUGUAAUUAUUUAACAUGUCUAAGGAAGAGGGUUCUAGCUUUUCCUGUAUUGUGGAUGGUAGGCUUUUAUCUUUUUGCUUUAUGUCUGGUAUCCACUUAUGAAUGAAUACAUACUAUAUUUGUCUUUCUGGGUCUAGUGGGAGAUCACUGACUCUAGACUGACAACUGGGUAGCUGCUAAGGACUGAACUAGGCCCCCUGAAUACAGGUGACAAUGGUGUGACUUGGGCAGUAUAUGGGGCCACUGACAGUGGGCCCAGGAUCUAACUCUAAUGCAUGAACUGAUUUUGUGGGGCCCAAUUUCUAUAGAGAGACACCUUGCUCAGGCUAGGCAUGGCACGGAGGGCCUUAGUCCUGCCUCAACAAGGUGAUGAGACAGACUUAGUUGACUUCCCAGCAGAGGCCUUACUCUCUCUGAGGAGCAGAUGGGAAGGUGGGGGAAGUGAAAAGUCGGAGGAGGGGA